UGGCGGGUAGUGCAAUCGAGGAGAUGAUAGAAGCAGACGACAUCCCGUCGGGAAGAGAGCAAAGUUCGCCGCCGGAAAUGGGGGAUCUCUACGCCUUGGACUUCGACGGCGUUCUGUGCGACAGCUGCGGUGAGAGCUCCCUCUCCGCCGUCAAGGCCGCGAAGGUGAGAUGGCCUGGGCUCUUCGACGGCGUCGGUUCCGCCACCGAGGACUGGAUUGUGGACCAGAUGUACAUUGUGAGGCCUGUGGUGGAGACUGGAUAUGAGAAUGUCCUGCUCGUGAGAUUGCUGUUGGAGAUGAGAAUGAGCUCUAUUCGCAAGUCCUCGGUUGCAGAGGGACUCACCAUAGAUGGGAUUCUGGAGAACUGGUCAAAGAUCAAACCUGUCAUUAUGCAAGAGUGGGGUGAGAACAGGGAAACGCUAGUAGAUCUUUUCGGAAAGGUCAGAGAUGAAUGGAUGGAUAAGGACUUGGAAACUUGGAUUGCUGCAAACAGAUUUUAUCCAGGAGUUCCUGAUGCUCUCCAAUUAGCGAGCUCAAGUAUUUUUAUUGUUACAACGAAACAGAGUCGAUUUGCAGAUGCUUUGCUGCAGAAACUUGCGGGGGUAAGUAUACCCCCCGGAAAAAUAUAUGGUUUGGGGACUGGACCCAAGGUGGAAGUGCUGAAGCUGCUUCAGAAGAGACCAGAACACCAGGGGUUAAAAUUACACUUUGUGGAAGAUCGACUUGCAACCCUGAAGAAUGUCAUUAAAGAUCCCGAGCUAGAUGGAUGGAAUCUAUAUCUCGGGGAUUGGGGUUAUAACACAAAGAAGGAGAGGGAGGAAGCAGCUAGCAUUUCCAGGAUCGAGAUUCUUCAGCUCCCUGACUUCACCAAGAAGUUGAAAUAACCAAGUUCACCUUUCUUACUGUAUUGUUCACUAGCUGAUAAUCGAUGAUGUAUCUCCAGUAAGUGGUGCAGACAGUUGGAAUGCUGCUUCAACUUGCAACGGGUCAUAUGGCCCAAAUAAACAAAAAAAGAAAGCUAAGAAGAAGAAAAGAAUAUGAUUGGUCAAGAUUGUUCUUCUGAAAUUCAUGUUGGGAUAGCCACGAAUUACGAAAAUCAAAAUCAAAUACUUGGGUGUAUAGACUACUAGAAAUUAUUAUUGUUUGGCCACAUUGGUCGUAUGGAUUUA